AUGGCCGCCAGCUCCGACAACGCCGGCAACGCCAGCUCCGAAGGCCCAUCUCUCCGCACAGUCGUCUGCGGCCUCUCCCUGCCGUCGUGCGUCUUCAACUCGUCUAACCCGUUCGCAACCUCACUCGAGGAUCUGCAGGCGCUCGACGCCUCCGCCGCCGGCGCCGUCGCCACGCGCACCGCGUGCCCCGGCUUUGUGCACGAUGAGGCUACGAUGAAGUGGGCCUCGCCUGACGGCGCAAACACGAUCAACUGCCUCGGCUACUCGCCGCUCCCGUUCGAGUACUACACGGGCUGCCUGCCGCAGCUCUCCGGCGCCAAGCCCUGCUGGCUCUCCAUCUCUGGCAGCGCGGAGGAGGUUGGUGCGAUGGUGCGCGAGGCUGCAGCGCUGGCACCGUCCCUGCCAGGCGGCCUCGCGGUGGAGAUCAACCUCUCGUGCCCAAACAUCGCCGGCAAGCCUCCCCUCGCGUACGACUUUGACGCGCUGCGUGACUACCUCGGCACCGUCUUUGCUGCCGGGCCGCCGCCGCCGACCCUCGCGGUCGGCGUCAAGACGACGCCCUAUUUCUACGACGCGCAGUACACCGGCGCCGCCGCCGUGCUGAACGGCUGCCCGCACCUGUCCUUUGUCACCGCCAUCAACACGGUCGGCAACGGCCUCUACGUCGACGUCGCCACAGAGGCGCCCCUCCUCGCUCCCAGCUGCUACGGCGGGCUGGGCGGCGCCGCGGUGCACGCCAUCGCUCUCGGCAACGUGCGGAGGCUGCGUGCGCUGCUGCGGCCGUCGAUCGCCGUCAUCGGCUGCGGAGGAGCUGCCUUCCGCCACCUGCUCUGCGGCGCCUCGGCGGUGAUGGUCGCCUCGGCGCUCCUGCACGAGGGCGUGGGCGUCUUCGCGAGGGUCGAGGCAGAGCUGCGCGGCAUCAUGGCCUCCAAGGGCUACUCCGCCUGGGCGGACCAGGGCGGGCUCGAGGCGUGCCGCAAGGACGGAGAGUGGGUGUUCGUUCCGCCGGUGCUCUGCGACCCGCGCCGCGAGGGCGAGGAGGUGCCCGCGCGCUACUCGAUUGCCUUCUUUUGCAACCCGAACAAGGCGACGCUCGUGCAGUGCCUGCCCGGCUGCAGCGGCGAGGGCAACCCGCCCCGGUACGCGCCGAUCAACGCCUUCGAGUACAUCACGCGCCGGCUCUGCGGCACCAUCGACGAUCCAAUUACGGGCCAGGGACACCGACGGGGCGAGUAGGCGAGAGGGCCGGUGGGGAAGGAAGCUGGCAUGCAAAGUUGAGGGUCACGCCACGUCGCCAGCGCUGUGUCGACAGUUACGCACGUGUGAUGCGCCCAAUGUGUUGUAUUUUCCUGUGUACAUUGAGAGGGGUGAACCGCGCCA